UGUCACCAUUAAUCUUCUGCUCAGUGGUGCCAGUCAAAUGGAUGUAUGCAUCAUCAAGAUAUGUUUCAGAGAGUUGGAAGCUGCCUAGAGACAUAUGGUGCAGAUUGUUCUGCGAAAGCUUGAAAUGGAUGCAUGGAGGGAAAUAUAGGUCUGAGUGUACUAUAUCGUAUAGGUAGGAUGUAGACUAACAAUGCAAAUUGUCGAGGCUUGUUUUUAAAUAGGUAUCAGAGGAGGCAAUGGCACGUUGUUAAGAACGGACAAGUUAUGAGACGAUUUGCAAAAUUCAUGGACAGAAAUUAGGAAUGUCUAGCCAUCUUUUGAUUACUAAUAAAACACAGUGCGAUACUAUUGAAUAUUUGAGAAGCUUAAAUGAAUUGAAAAAUAAUAACGUAUUUUGCGAAGUUUUAUUACUUAAAACAGCAAAGGUUUUCAUUUAUUUUCAUCAAAGCGAAGUGAAAAUUAAAAUUACUUCUAAUUCUAAACAAAAACAUAUGAUCGAAGGUGCCAAUAAGAAAACAGAAUAACAAAAAAAAAAAAAAAAAUUGGGACGCGAUUUGCUAGAGCGGCUCCUUGUGAAGUUGCAACAGGCUACAAAAUUCCUCAAGCUCCUAAUAAACCCUCUCUAGAAAACCGUCAAACGCGCGUUUAUAAAUCCCAGCAGAAAAAAAAGGAAUGGGGAAGAAGAAGAAAAGAGCAGAAGUAGCAGAGAGAAACGAGCUUGAGUUCGAGGAGCUAAGUAAUGGCGAUUGUCAUAGGAAGAUGAAGAAGAAAAAGAAAAAGGAAAGAAUUGAGACCGAGAAAGAAUUGACCGAAGCUAAGGGGAAACCUACAGUGAGCAUAGCCGUCCCCGGUUCCAUCAUCAACAACGCUCAAUCACUUGAACUCGCUACUCGAUUGGCUGGUCAGAUUGCCCGCGCCGCGACCAUUUUUCGAAUCGAUGAGGUGGUGGUGUUUGACGAUAAAAGUAAUUCAGUGAAUGAGCAUCCCACUGUGAACACAGGCAGUAACUCUGAUGAUAGUGAAAGCGGUGCGGCUUUUCUCGUGAGAAUCUUGCGCUAUCUCGAGACUCCACAGUAUCUAAGAAAAGCCCUCUUUCCAAAGCAUAAUAGCCUGAGAUUUGUGGGUUUGUUGCCUCCUCUUGAUGCUCCACACCACUUGCGCAAGCAUGAGUGGGCUCCAUAUCGGGAGGGUGUCACAUUAAAGGAAAAAGCUACAAACUUUCAGGGAACACCUGUUGACGUGGGUUUGAGUAAGAAUGUUGUAAUUGAUCAAGUUCUUGAACCUGGCAUUAGAGUAACUGUGUUAAUGGGAACCAACCGCAAUUUGGAUGCUGAUUUACCUCGCCAGGUUGUAUCAUUGUCCAAACCUAAAGAGGAAGCAGGAAUAUAUUGGGGCUAUAGAGUGCGGUAUGCUUCAAAUAUCAGCUCAGUAUUUAAUGCUUGUCCGUAUGAGGGUGGCUAUGAUUAUUUGAUUGGUACUUCAGAGCAUGGUCAGAUUAUUAACUCUUCAGAGCUUUCUUUGCCAAUUUUCAGGCAUUUGUUGAUUGCUUUUGGUGGGCUCGCUGGAUUGGAAGAAAGUAUUGAGGAAGACAGUAAUUUAGAGGGUAAAAAUGUUCGAGAUGUGUUUGAUUCAUACUUGAAUACCUGUCCUCAUCAAGGAAGUCGAACAAUUCGAACAGAGGAAGCAAUUUUCAUCUCGCUUCAAUAUUUCCAAGAGCCCAUUAACCGAGCAUUGCAAAGAAUACAAUUUUAAUGUUAGUCUGCAGUUGGCUAAAAUUAAUGGAUUUUCUAGCCUUGAUAUUUGGAGUCUUUCUGUAGUCUCGAUUCACAAAAUUCUGGAGUUGGUUGCUGAUAAUAGGAAAGACAGAUUCAUCAAAUAGCAGGCUUAGGAUUUUUUUAAUAUAUUUCAUUUAUUUAGCCCGCUUUAAAGCUGAACUUUUGCAAAGGAUUUUCUUUUAAUAUUUUUAGUGUAUUUUCUGGAAAUUUAAUGAUGAAUGUGUCAAAUUAUCUGUUCUUAAAACUGUAACUAAACAUGCUGGAUAAGACUGUAGGUUUGUCCUUCCCACCAGUGUUCAUGUAGAUGUUGAGAACAACAACAAAUAGCUAGUUUGACUGC